AUGACACAAACCGUAGGUAUAAUUGGAGCUGGGCUUGUAGGAUGUCUUGCUGCUCUUGCAUUUGCCGAGAAGGGCUUCGAGGUGAGCUUAUUUGAGCUUAGAGACGAUCCUCGAAAAGUAGAUCCAGGUAAUCUUCGGUCAAUUAAUUUGGCAGUUAGUGAUCGAGGAAUCAGGGCCCUAAAGUAUGUUGAUAACGAUAUGGCCGAGCGUGUAUUGAAGCAUGUGAUCCCCAUGUAUGGAAGGAUGAUCCAUGAUACGACUGGAACGAAACAACAAUCGCAAAAAUAUGGACUUUUUGGCGAAGGAAUCAACUCCAUAGACCGGUCAUUUUUGAACAAAUGUCUUUUGGACGAAAUAGACAAGUCACUGAUAAAGGUCUAUUACAAACACAGGCUAAUUGAGGUAGCUGGUUUGAAAGGCUCUUCUCCUACGGUAGUUUUUUCAACAGAUGAGAACAAAAGGGCAACGUUUGACUUUGACUAUUUGGUGGGAGCGGACGGAGCUCAUUCUCAAUUCAGGUACCAGAUGCAAAAAUCCAUGAGAAUGAACAUCAGCCAGGACUAUAUCGAUAUGCAAUAUUUGGAGCUUUCUAUCCCUCCUUCGAAAGAUCAGGAGUCACCGUUCUCCAUUGAUGCUCAUCAUUUGCACAUUUGGCCCCGCAAAAACUUUAUGUUGAUUGCAUUGCCGAACGAGAAUGGCUCGUUCACGGUGACGUUUUUCAGUCCUUGGUCGGUUAUGGAACAACUCAAGAAUGAGUCAGAAUUUUUGCAAUUUUUCAAGUCCAAUUUUCCCGACGCUUACGACUUGAUAGGCGAAGACAGUCUCAAGCAUGCGUUCCACCAUCAUCCCCGGGGCUCGUUGAUGCAAGUUGAAGUUUAUCCCUACCACGAUCCUUCAGGAAGAGCCAUUUUGAUAGGUGAUGCUGCCCAUCUGAUGGUCCCAUUCUACGGCCAAGGAAUGAACUGUGGAUUCGAGGAUGUACGAGUCUUGAUGGAACUUGUCGAUAAACAUGGUGCGGAUGCUUUCAAGUUGUACUCACCAUCCCGAAGAGACGACUUACGUACAAUUUGCAAGCUUGCACUUGACAACUACUAUGAGAUGUCUUCGAAAGUGGUAUCGAAAAAGUAUCUUUUACGAAAGAAAAUAGAUGGAAUACUUGGAAAAUUGGCCCACGGAACCUGGUGGAUACCUCUUUACACCAUGAUAUCGUUCAGAGGAGAUAUCAACUACUCCGAUGCUGUUGCCAGAGAGAAACGGCAAAGUCGUGUACUCAAAGGAAUUGAGGUUGGGUUUUACACUGGAGCAAUUCUAGCUGCCGCCAAAGCCCUUCAUUGGUGGAAAAACAAAUAA